AUGGCAGUUUCGCCAUUUGACAUCUACUAUGGACCAAUGUCCGAUGAGGUAUUGAGAAAACUCAAUGUUUCCACAUUGCAAGACAACGAAAAACCGACACACUCGACGAAUAUAGAUACAUCUCUGUUGCAUCCCUUCAUUACGGAUGAUUCGACGGCCGCACUGAUUACUUGCGCAUCGUUGUGUCGCUAUUCAGUACCAGCAAGCUACAACACUGGUGUUGGAAAAAUAGAGAUCAUUGAAGUUAUAACAUUGGUAUUGGCAGUAACGAAGUCAAGGGAUACAACAGUACGUAAGUUGAAAGCAUUUUUUGAUAAACUAUCGUCAACAGAUUCUCAAAUUUUUCUCGUUCAACUAAAACUUAAUUCAUCAUCACUGUCCUUCAACAAGAGUUGGUCUGAAUUCAAAAAAACAAAACACCACCACCAUAAACUAACAGUUGGCAAAUCAGAACUUUACCAUUCCCAUUUUGACCGCUUUGUCGUUGGUUCCGAAAUUUCCAACUACGAAUUGAACGAUAUAAACCUUUUUAGUGGUUUGAAGGCUGGAAUGUUGAUGAAGAAAGGGAUGAAAUUUUCAACUUAUGACAAUGAUAGCGAUGCUAAUCCUGAUGGAAACUGUGCUUCGUUAUAUAACGCAGAUUUCGGCAGCCUGGAAUUGCUAAAAAGCAACGCCCGAAACACCAAUGUCAACGAAUCAUAG